AGACUACUGCAGACCGGUUAGAGCGCGGAGUAACUGCGCCUUGGGUGGAAAUCACAGGUGCGUGUCACAGUGACGCGCACAGGUAAUGCUAUAAAUAUGGACAAAAUGUUUCUACAGGCUGGAAUUCUAUGUUUCUUAGGAUUAAUAUCAUUUGGCUGGGCUCUGGAGUGCUAUGUGUGUACUGAUCAGUUUGACAACAGAGACAAGUGCAUAAAAACAAGUGUACAGUGCAGAGAAGAAGAAGACGCAUGCCUGUCAAUGAUUGUGUGGCGAGCGCCUGGGUUUUGGACACCUCGCAGUGAGAAAAUAAAUAUUAUCAGCAAACGAUGUGGUACCAAUGCGUACUGCAGUCAGCGACAAAGAGAACUUGGACUGAGAUGCAUGAGGGACUGGUACAAAGACUGGGAGUGUCUGGAGUGCUGCCAGGGUGAUAGAUGCAACUUCUAUGUUACGCUUGGAGCAAGCAGUGCUACUAGCAGUAUGGUGUUGCUGUUAACAACUUUGAUCCUGAUUUGGUUCUUGCAUCACUAAGUUUGACAAAGAUUUGGUAGUGUGCUGGUGUAUCCUCCACAUUGCAGACACUGCUGGUAUGAAACCCAAAGUAACAAGGUUCAUCACUGCUCUUGGCAAAAGAAUAAUAAACAUGCAGCAAAUUUAAAAGUUUUAAGGUCUGUUCCUGCAAUAAUAGACUAACAAAAGGUUAGGUAUAAUAGUCAGCAGGUUUGGCAUUGUUUGUGCAUUUUGCAUUUUAUACAGUUGUCAUAUUCUAGAUCAAUAUCCACAAACAGCUGACCUAAAUAUGGUUAAAUAAGUUUAUUUUAUGGGCCACAAAUAGAUAUUUCCAUGUGUACAUAAAUCAUCAUCAGACUUUCGCCUUGUACAGUUUUGUGUAAAAUGAUAUUCCAUGGAUUUUAUUUUCCAGCAUCAGAAAAUUGUAUCGGUUUCAUUUGGAGCAUAGACUGUCCUAAGAGUUUUUUCCGAAACUUAUAUUAAAAAAAGAAAUUUGUUCUAAACUAUUUUUCUUUCUGGAGAGCAUGGAUCAGAAGAAAAAAAAAAAUUUUUAUGUGUUCUGUUGCAUCCAGCACUGGCUUUCUGUUACUAUACUUUUGGACAAGUGGAAAGUUAUCAAUUUGUACCAUAUACAUGCAUCAGCAUGGAUAAAACUAGCAGGACAUGGGUAGACAUAUGAAGUGAUUUGUUGUAAAUUAAUUUCUUAUGGAAUGAUGUGGCUUGUUAGUAGCCAGAUAAGUCCUGAGAUCAUAUAGUAACAGACAACACACAAGCUGUUGACCUUUUUAUCUACGAACAUUCCGAGCCUUUGUCUUUCUGCUAAACAAAUGCUUUGUAAACAUCUUUUUGUACAAUCUCAAAAUUGCCAUGUAUUUCAAACUGCAUAUCAGACUCAUUUAUAUAUAUAUGAAUGCAAGUGUAACCAUAGAACAUUCCUUCAUUUGUAUAUUUCCCAUGUAAAUAAGAUUGUCAUUGAACAAGUUUUUACAAUUUAUUUUUGAAAAUAAACUUUUGCUAAAAAGAAAAAAAA